AUGUCAGAAAGCAUCCAGAAUCUUGCAAGUUACGAUCCUUUUGCUGAUACGGGUGAAGACAGUGUAGUUGCUGUUGAAGGAUAUAUUCAUAUUCGUAUUCAGCAGCGUAACGGCCGCAAGACUCUAACAACCGUGCAGGGCAUUCCUGCCGAUCUGGACCAAAAGCGUAUACUUAAAGCAUUCAAGAAGGAGUUUGCAUGCAAUGGAACGCUUGUUGAAGAUGAUGAUCUUGGUCAAGUUAUCCAACUUCAGGGUGAUCAUCGCUUGAAGGUGCAGACUUUUUUGGCAACAGAGGGCAUUGCUCCAAAGGAUAAAAUUAAACUUCAUGGUUUUUAAAUGUGACGAUGGGUGAAAAUAUGUUUGAAAUUUUGAAUGAUAAAAAGUGGAUGGAUUCACGUGAUCAUCACUGUGCGGUUGCUGUUGUGAAUUCAGAUUCUUCAACCAAUAAAUUAUUAUUCAGUCUUA